UUAAGUUAGGUAUGGAAAACGAAGCUCUAUAUAUGAAAUAUGGCACAGAAAUAAACACUUGAUGAAUUUUGAUAUAAUCAAUUGUGAAAUAAAGUAUUAAGUGUUACUUCUCGUGGUACAACCAAAAUUUUUCCUCUGACAGAUCCAAAACAAACUCAAAAGUUUGCUGUUGCUGAUCAUGAUGGUAUACUUCAAGUAUUUGGUACAAAAAAAGGAGAAUUACAAGCGUUAUUCAAAUCACUACCCGGACCAAAGAUUAAUAAAAUGAUUCUUGGUGGUUCAUAUGGAACACCGAAAGAUAAAAUUUUUGUUGCAUAUGAAAGUUCUGUUAAAGGUUUUACCAAAAAAGGAAAAUUAUUUUUAGAAUUCGAUACUAGUCUGUUGGAUCCUAUUUCUGCUUUAUAUGUGCUUGGUCCAGAUUUAGCAGCCUGUGCUCGAGAUCUUUAUCAUAGAUAUCAUGAUUGCAAAGACGCUGAUUCGUAUUUGGCUGGUGAAAUAUUAAAUGAUGUUGUACUCUUACCUAGUGACAAUUCUAUGGUAUAUGCUAUUCUCGCUUGUGGUGAUUGUGCAGUACGUGUCUUACAUGGAACAAUGAGGCCAACAGUUUUAAGAUUGCCAAGUAUUCCUACUGUGCUUGCUGUAUAUAGGGAUAAAGAAACAGAAUCAACAGAACGUGUAUUGUUAGGUACUAUCGAUGGUAGAGUUGGUUUAUUAAUUCUUCAAGGAAACAAAACGUUAAGGAUUACUUGGUUGAUUAAUUCUAUGGGAUCUGAAAUAACUUCUUUGGAUACAUUUCAAUUGCAAGACGAUGUGGAUUUACUUAUCGGAAGACAGGAUGGAAUCAUUGAAGUAUAUACGUUUCCAGAUGAGGAUACAUCGCCGUUUUUACGUUACCGUUAUAAUGCUGGUGAAAGUAUUAGUACAGUUAUUGGUGGAAUCAUUGGUGCUGUUGGUUAUCCUGAAGUUCUCGUUACUACUUAUUCCGGUCGAAUAUUUGGUUUAACUACUAAACCACCUGGAUUAUUAGAAGCUGGGCAAAGUGAUACGGUCAUAGCAAAAUUGAAACUUGAAAUACAUCAAUUGGAAGAAAAACUUGCAGAAGAAAGAGAAACGACUAAAUUUACGGCUGAUCCUUUAGCGCCUUUAAUAUUGGCUGUGAAACACAGAAUGGUUUUACAUGAAGAAGACGCAUCGUAUUCACUUUCGGUAGAAUUGGAUACAUCGAUAGAUAAUAUUCUUAUACAAUCGGAUACACCGAUAGUUUUGUUAGAUGUUGAAAAUAAUAGCGCAGUAGUAAGUCUAUCUAUGUGCAAUCCGAAAGAAGGAAACUUUAUACUUGCUACAUACAGAUGUCAAAUUAAUACUAAUCGACUAGAAAUGAGAUUAAGAACUAUCGAAGGCCAACCGGGUACUUUACAAAUUUAUGUUACAUCGCAGGUACAACCAAAAUGUUGUCGUAGAAUAUUAGUACCUAUAUAUGCUUUAUCAUCACAUAAAAGACAACACAUCGAGGAUGCAGAAACAUUGGCAGGAGGACCUUUUAACGAAUUAAGAUUGAGUGGUAAUUUCACAGUUGCUGAGAUGCACGCAUGGCUUUCUCUUGUAUUACCCGAUAUUCCUGAAAGACCUCAUUUAUAUGACAAUGAAGCUAUUUUAAUAUAUAAAUCCUCUUUUAUUGAAACAAUAUUGAAGUGUAAAUAUAAAAAAGGAAGCGCUAUAUUUUUGGGAGAAAAUAUAUCGACCAUCAUUAUACUUAGAGAUAUAUUGACAAGAGAAGCAACUAAAAGAAAAAUUAAAUUAGAAGUAUUUUGUGAUGUUGCAAUUGGCAGUAUUUCAAGAGUAUUAGAACUUGUAAAACCACAAUUGGACGCUGCGCAUGAAUUAAUUGAAAAAAUUAAGAUUUUAGAUGCUCUUGAAGAAUUUGAAUUGAAGACUAAUCCAAAAGAUAAUUUGCGUUCGCAGUAUCAAGAUUUAAUAGCAAAUGAACAAAACAUUAGAUCACAAAUGGCAAAGGAUACAGAAGUUUUAAACAGAUUACAUGGCGUUAUAACAGAUUUAUACGUCGAUUGGGAACGGGCUAAAGGAGCUCGCAGGAUUAGUAGUAAAUCGGCAGCUGAGAAAUUAAACGAUUCGCUUGAAUCAAAAGAUUUCGUUAAACUUUUACAAAUUUUUACCGGAAAGGUUAUUUCUCCGUGAAAUAUUUGAACUACGGAAAAUAAUAAGAAUUCAAAUAAAAUAUAUACAGGGUGUCCCAGGAUUUAUUGGUCAAACUGUGAAAGCAUAUUCUACAAAUGGAAAUAAGAAAAAAAUGUUAUUUGAUAGUUCGUUUAUUACAAAGUAAAAUUGUGCACUUCUGGGACACCACUAUAUGUAUUUACAUGUAUAUGUCUAUGUGUGGGUGAAUAAAAAGUGGACCAACAGAUUUCUAGAAAC